AGAAGGUACAGUGUCUUUUAUGGUGCUCGGAGGUAAAUAUUGUGAUGGACCGGGGACUGUCCGCUUUUCCUGCAGCAGAGACCAGGUGUAUGAGACAGUUUUAUUGGCGUUAUUUCCUGGAACAUGCUGGACUUGGCGCUUUGGUGUAGUGGAGCGGAUGUCCCCGAGAUGGUUAGCUGUGUGCUGGGUGAGGAAUAAAAAGAAAUCCCCAUGGAGUUUUGACGGAGACCAGGAAAUACUGUGGAUUCAAAGGUUCCAAAACAAGUCAAGAUUUUAAAUGGAUCUGAACCUUAUUAUCUAGUUUAUUAAAAACCAGUUAUCCCUAUUGUCAAGUUGGGGCUGAAAAUGGCCAACCAACAAGCAUCAAGUCUCACUCUGGCCUGGGAGAAGUAUAUGGACUGUCGUGCACAGGGAGCAGAUCUGCAUGUCAGUCUGCAGUCUUUGGAGAAAUUCCUGAUUUUGUUCCACUCUGUGCAGAACCUCAGGGAGCCUGGCAUUAAGGAUGCACUGAAAUUCUGCUCAGACAUGAGUGGUGCCAGUAACACCCUGGCCCGGGAAUUUCUGACUGAUGUUCACCAGCUGUGCAGUGUUGUGGCUCAGCGAACAGAGGCACUCAGAGAGGAGGAAGAGGAGGAGAGUCACGUAGUGGCUCUGGGAGAGUACCUGGUCCAAGGCCGUGGCUUCCUGUUGUUAAGCACCCUGGAUGCUGUUCUUGAUCAGGAACUGACGUGUCGGGAAGAGCUGCUCACACUCUUGCUAUCACUGCUACCAUUAGUGUGGAAGAUUCCUGUUCAAGAACAGCUCCCUGAUUUCAUCCUGCCUUCACUCCUGGAAGUGCGUCUUUGCCGAGAGAAAAAGGCUUCCACUCUGAACGUGGGAAAACAGAAUGCACAGAAUUCUGGAAAGCACUUCUCUCACAAUUGGAAGUCACGGCAUAUACGAAGGACUGCUCAGAGAUAUUCAUCGAGUGAUGCGCACAAAUCCCAGAUCUCCACAUCUGAUUCCGAUUCAAACUCAGAUGAAAAAGCAGCCAACACAUGGUCCAAACACUGUAGGUCUCCAGGCUCGUCGAGUCGGGCUGGUCAUCAGCAUCGCCAGUUAGUUAUUCUUUUGCAGCAGCCAUUGCAGUAUCCUUGUGUGGAUGGCAUGAGCAGUUUUGAAAGGCCAAGGCCGUCAAUGAGGCACUUUGAAUCAUUGCCACCCGACACUGAACUCCUAACUGACCCUACAGCCUUUUCUAUUUUAAAUAAUAUUGCAAAUUCACCAUUUGACCUCUGUCAAGUGUUAUUGUCCUUACUGGAAAAAAUCUGCAAAUUUGACAUGACUAUCAAUCACAAUCCAGGCUUAACUGUUAGUGUUGUUCCCAAACUCACUGAAAUUCUCACGGAGUUCUGUGACUGUUGUGGCCCGGGAGCAGAAAGUGAUCGUGAAGGGGUAGAUGAACUAGCCGCAGGCUGGGCAGAGGAGCCAGUUGCUCUUGUUCAGCGAAUGCUGCUACGCACCAUCCUGCAUUUAAUGUCAUUAGAUAUUGGCCAGAGUGAGGUGCUACCAAAUAAUCUGCAGCAAAGCCUGAGUGAUGCUCUUAGGGCCAUCCUGAAGAUUCGCACCUGCCUUGAUAGGCAAGCCAACCCAUUUGCUCCUCGAACCAAAAAGACUCUACAAGAGGUGCAAGAAAACGUUUUUAUUUCGAGUCUCCGUCACCAAGCUUUGCUGUUGCCAGAGCUCCUUGAAGGUGUCCUUCAGUUUUUGCUCGGCUACUUAGAAACCUCUGCCCCAAAUCCUUUCUUUUUCAGUCAGGCUCUUGAAUUAAUUCAUGAGUUUGUGCAGCACCACGGCCUUGAGCUUUUUGAGGAAACUUGCCUUCAUCUCGAAGCCCUUGCUAAUACAUGCGAUUCUGAGAUGAGUGGUGACGUCUCGGAAAGAUUGAAUGGUAUUAUUUCUGGUGUCCUUAAGAUAAUCAGUGUGGUAAAGCGAGCCAGAUCAGAACAAAUACAUCAGACAUCAUGUGCACGACGUCGUCACAGACGCUGUGAAUAUUCCCAGUUGCUGCACCAUCACCAUGACACCUCAGGACUGCCUGCCACUGCCUUCAAGCAGGAAACUCAACACCAAAUUGGGGAUCGGACUGAGGAUAAUGGCUGGCAAGUGUGCUACCCUGAACAUGUUUGUAUUCUGGCUGUUUGCGCUCAUCAGUGUUUGCGACUACUUCAGCGCCUCUCACCCUCUGGACCUGCCGUGCUGCAGAUACUGGCUGGCGUGCAAGCUGUUGGCAUUUGUUGCUGUAUUGAUCCACGUUCAGUGGUGGCUCCUUUGCUUCAUGUAUUUCAAGCACCAAGUCUGUGCACCUAUCAGUUCUAUAUUCUCAAUGUACUUAGUAGGCUUGUGCUGGAGCAGCUGGGAGGGGAGGAGCCCUCGCUGAAGGCCAGACUUACCUCUUGUGAUAUCUGUAUCUUGGACAGCAGCCAGAAACUUGAUAUUGAAAAGAUCUUGAAGGAACGUGAGCUGGGAAAAGAGUUAACCUCCUCCACUUCUCUCUUUUCUUCCUACCAAUCACAGGAUGUUUUACCAAGUAGAGGGUUUGAAGACCUGCUUUGGAAAUGGGAUGCUUUAAAAGCCUACCAAGAAGUAGUCUUUGGUGAAGAUUGGCAGCUGAGUAAGCAGAUUGCCAAUCACGUAUGCCAGCUGACCUUAAGGGGAAAUGCAGUGAUUCAGUGGAAGCUGUACACUUACAUUUUUAAUCCUAUGCUCCAGAGAGGUGUUGAGCUAGCAGGCCAUGCUCAUAAACUAGGUGUGUCCAAGACAUGUAGUCAGGUCUGUAGCCAUCACACCCAACUCCCCGUGGAAGUGCUGCUUGUUUAUCUUCAGGUGCUGCCCUGCUUACUUAAGUCAAGCACAGUGGUGCGUGACAUGUUCCUGAGCAGUGCUGGACUAAACCAGAUGAUGGAGAUGAUCUACCUGGAUUCCACUAGACCUUGGGCUCUUAAGGUGUUUGAGACACUGAUUUUAAUUGGCUCUGAUCCUCAGACAGAAGCUGCCCUACAUAGGCUGGUUAAAGCAGAAGACCAAGAGUCUCAAGUGGCAGGAGGUGGUCCACAACAUUUUAGUAAAUAUCAUGAGGAUCUCAAAGAGACAUAUCUAAAUUGGAGGGGCAGAAGCAGUACGAGUGCAGGAAUCAGAUGGAACCAUGAAGGAUCAUAUUUGAACAUUGUUAACCUUUUUUUGUGUGUGGCUUUCUUAUGUGUGAGCAAGGAGCAUGAGUGUGAAAGCGACUCUGCUAAUGAAUCAGGAUAUGACAAUGCUGCCAGUGGACCCCAGGGCGAGCAGUUACCUUUCCUCCUACCAGAUAGAGUGGCAUUGCCAUCUAAGGAGCAGGUAAGGCGAGCAGCAGAUGUGUGGUCUGUAUGCCAUCGGGUAUAUCUGGAGUGCCCAGUGUUCCAGAGACAGCUGCUAAGGUUUGGUGGCCUGAAUGUGUGCUGUCGCCUCAUGACGAUGAUCCUUCAGAAUCUUACCUUGAAAAACAAAUCUCAGAAAAAGAGUGACAGCAAUGGCAAAACAAGCCCAGUACACUCAGUCUCUUCAGCUAUAACACCAAUACAGACUGCUCUGGAGGAUGCAGCGGUUGGGACACACGAAACACAACAGCUAAAUCUUAAUAAUUCAGUAAGUCCUGGUCAUAAGGAGGUGAAGACCAAUGUUCCAGCAGACAGGCUGGAAGAAGAAUGGCCUUUACAAUGUAUACGCCUGCUGGAAGCGCUUCUGUCCAUCUGUCUUCACGGCUCUAAGUCAGGGCAGAAACCUGAAUAUAACAUUUCAUUCCAGGAGCCUCUGUGUGAGGUGAAGAAUCAGCUGUCUCUCUCUGGAGUGCUGAACUCUGACUUAGCUAUUCCCCUGUUUGACUGCUUGUUGCGUGUUGCACUGGUUCAAGUGUCUGCCCCAGCCACUGCUAUUGAGGAGAAACCUGAAAGGUGUCACGCUAGUCGUGAGGUCACGACUUCAGCCGGGGAUCUGUCUGAUGACGUGGAUGAAGUUCAGGUGUGUGAUGUUCAAGCGCUGGGAGAGGAGAAAGGCUACGAGGCUGAUAGUGAAAGCAACCCUGAGGAUUCUUCACAGCUGGAGGAAGGUGUGAAGAUGGAAGUGCUGGCUCCAGAGGAAUGCUGGCUUGGAUCUGCUGCUAUGGCACAUGGCUCAGGACAAGCCUUGUUGCUUUUCCCACAGAUAUGCCUUAUGGAGCUGCAACUGCUGGCCAGCAGUUCUCCAGACCUAGAUGUGCUAAGUCACAUACUGCAAAGCCUUCUGGGAGCUGUGAAGAUGCACCGUUCCAAUGCUACACUGAUUUACCAACAGGGGGGUGUUAAAACCAUUCUGACUGGUUUUUCAGACAUACUGUGUCAAUCAGACCCCUGCUAUAAAGAGUGCCAGACCCUACUGGUGGAGCUGCUGGUUUCAAUGGUGAAAGACAGAAUAACAGCAGAGGAAGUUGCUCUUUUGAUCCAUCUCUUCCUGGAGAAGGCGCCACCUACUGAGAUUCUGCUGAACGGCAUUCUCCAGAUGGUGGAGGCUAACAAAGAAAUGGAGCCACUACAUUACUUGUCAUUUCCCAUGUCCCAGUGCAUCUUUGCGCCUGGCACCGGUGGAGCAGGUGGUGUAAAGGAGGCGAUGGGUACUACACAAAGGGGCAAGCCUGGUGCAGGCAGCGGGGAUAAUGAGAGUUAUGCUGCUCAUUUCAGAGCUUCCCCUUGGCACAUCGCUCCUCUUCACCUGCCUCUGGUGGGGCAGAACUGUUGGCCACACAUGGCCAGCGGGUUUAGUGCUUCGCUCUGGAUCCGCCCUGUAAAGAACAAUAAUGAGGAGGCGCCUAGACAUGGAGCUGAGAUGAAGUGGGAUGAUGAAGUCCAGGCUGUGGAUCUUCAGGAAGAAAAUAACUUCCUUCAUAUUUUUUCCAUCGGCUCCAAAGCCCUAAUGCUGCAAGUGUGGGCUGAUAUUUCUACAGGAUCCUGCACCUUCAGGAUCUGCAUUGAUCCUAAUGAUGAAAUGAAAGCUGGUCUUCUGGCCCAAGCUGAGACUUUGCAUGGUAUGCUGAGUACAGACCAGUGGCAGCACCUUGCCCUUACUUAUACACAGCAGCCUGAGGGCAAAAAGAACAUCCACGGCUGCUUGACACUUUGGGUGUGUGGCAUCAAAAAAUGUGAGGUGUCACUAGACUACACGCUCCCCAGGAAGUCCAGCCUAUCAUCUGAUAAUAGCAAGACGUUUUGCAUGCUGGGCCAUUACCUGAACGCCUCUGGGGAGUUUCCACUAACACCAACUUCCCAUUUGGACAUGGGCAGUGUGCUUCUGUUUAAUGGCUCCAGAAUAAACACAGAUGAGGCCUUUUAUCUGUACACAAAUGGCCCUGAUCUUACCUCCAUCAUGCCAUGCAAGUAUGGAAAGCCCAGUGCGACAUUCUCCAAGUACAUUACUCAAGAAAUGCUUGAGUGUGAGCAGAUCCGGGAGCUGCUGAUGAGAAAUUCUGAAAUAGACAUUUCAUUUAUUAUUGAGAGCCUAGCUGUUGUCUACUCUCCCAGCAGUCCUUCCAUCUACACCAUCUAUGAGCCAGUGAUCCGCCUGAAAGUUCAGGCCAAAGCUCCUGUAACAUUCCAGAGGCCCUUCAGUGCUAAAGAAGUGCAGAGCUCUGUGAUGGAACCUUCGUCACUUUGCCAUUUGCAGGCUUUGCAGCCCCUUGGACUCCACAGCUGUCUGCAUAGGAUCGGAGGCAUUGGUGCAUUCAUCUUUCUUUUUGCUCGGGCAGUGGAGCUGAGUGACUGUGAGAAGACUCAGGCAUUGGCACUGCAGGUUUUGUUGUCACUGGUUAAACACAAUCAGCAUCGCAUGCAUGAGAUGGAGUGUUGCCACGGGUACUCCAUGAUUCAUCAAGUCCUCAUGAAGACCAAAUGCAUUGUGGGAUAUCAUAUUCUUAAGACGCUGUUGGAUGGAUGCUGCAGUGGCUCUAUCCUGAUCCUGAAGGAGGACGGUCAAUGGAAUGUUGAUACAGAGUCCACUAUUGUGGUGCAAGACCUGAGGCUGCUUUCUGAAAUAUUACUGGACUGGAAAAUAUGGGCCAAAGCUCAGCGUGGAGUGUGGGAGACUCUUUUGGCUGCACUAGAGAUUCUUAUCAGAGAGCACCAUCCUCUGCAGGUGUUCAAUAUUCAGCAGCUGCUCAAAGCCCAAGUUGUGCACCGCUUUCUGCGAACCUGUCAAGUACUCCAGGAGAAUCAGGAUGAACACCUUGUCUCUCUACCACAGGGGGUGUGCUUGUCCUUUAUUAAAAUAAUUCAGGAAGUACUUGGGUCUCCCCCUGACCUGGACCUGCUGCGUUUGCUCUACAACUUCCUGCUGGCUGUGCAUCCACCUACAAACACCUACGUGUGCCACACACCAUCCAGCUUUUACUUCUUUUUACAUUUUGAUGGUAAGCUGUACCAGGAGAAGGUCCAGUCCAUCAUGUGUCUGCGACAGUCCAGCAGUGAAGGGAAGUCCACUUGCAGUUCUGUGCUCUCGCUCUCCCCAGCUCCAUUCAUGGAGAAACAAACUGAAGUUCCUGAAGGUGACAUUUCAGUUCCCACCCCAAACAUCUUUACUCCUUCCCCUUACUCUUCUUUGGCCCGAACAUCCAGUAUGGCACAAUAUAGUAAUGCGUCCCCCAGGCCAUGUGAACUAGAUGAAGCUACCUCCCUGACUGCACAGCAAGGCCUUGACAGCACAAAGAUGCGGAAAGAUGGAGAAGAGCAGAUUCUAAACACCUCUGAAUCAGCCAAGACAAUCAGUGAUCCUCAGGAUGUAGGUGAUGAGGUACCACACACAUCCUUCAUUAGCACAGGUGAAGAACCAGAAGCUCAAACUGAGCUAGAGGGCAGCAUCAGUACUGAAUCAAUUGGUGAAGAGGCUCUGCGAAGGCCUGACACUAAAGGCAUCCAGUCUUUUCAAAGGAGCCACAGUGACCUAGCCAGCCUGGGCCUGGCCUUUCCAGCACAGAACAGUUCUAUGGCUGUUGCCCGCUGGCCCAGCAUUGCUGAUCGCACCGCUCCAAAUGAUGACGUGGAGAGCUACACUUACUCUCCUGGCUAUGACCGAGCACACAGCAAGGCCAGCGACAGGUCUGGUACAGAAGAUUGUGUGGUUCUUAUCUGCUGUGGGCUUUAUGAUCUUCUCAGAGGUGUCCUGCUUCUGCUGCCAGAUCUUAUGUUGGAGGAAGUGAUGGACAAACUGAUCCAGCCUGAUGCCCUUGUCGUCUUGGUUAACCACCCAUCCCCUCUAAUUCAGCAAGGGGUCAUCAAACUACUGGAUGCGUAUUUCACCCGAGCCCAAAAGGAACAGAAAGAGAAGUUCAUAAGGAACCAUGGCUUUUCUCUGCUCGCCAACCAGCUGUAUCUGCACCAGGGGACUCAGGGCGUGUUGGAGUGUUUUCUAGGGAUGUUGUUUGGACGAACUGUGAGCUUAGAAGAGGACCUUGACCUAGAGGACAUGGAAAGUGUUUCUCCAUUCAGAAAGCGAUCCGUGGUGCCCAUACUGGGCCUUUUGGAAAACUCUUUGUAUGAAAACUCGCUGGUCCACGACCUGUGUGUGCUACUGCAGCUGCUGAAUGCUUGCCCGAAACUGGCUGAUAUCCUGCUGGACCAUGGCCUUCUUUAUGUACUCAUCAACACGCUGUCCACUCUCAAUGGCCUAGAGAAUGUGAUCCCUCAAAAUGACUACAGACUUCUUGUAUGUGACAUACAGCAGCUCCUGGUGGCAGUGACCAUCCACGCCUGCAGCUCCUCUGGUUCCCAGUACUUUCGCAUCAUUGAGGACCUCAUUACAUUGCUGGGUUUUAUGCAGGGCAGCAAAGUGUAUUGCACUCAGGAAAUGGCUAGGGCCUUGCAGUUCCGUGUCCUCCUCUCAGCCAUUGACUUCAUUAAGACAACGGCAAAUCAGGACCCUCGGAAGUUAAGCACCUCUGUCCAUGCCUCUGCCUCCCUGCACCACUCUGUCCAUCAGAAGCGCAAAAGCAUUGCAGGCCACAAGAAACACUCCUUAGUUCAAUCAGACUCACUUCUGAUGCGGAUGCGCUCGGUGGCCAAUGAUGAGCUUACACAAAUGAUGCAACGAAGGAUGAGCCAGGAAAACCCCAUCAGAGCCAGCGAGACUGAGUUUAUUCAGAGGCUGCAAAGACUUGUAGUGCUGGCUGUCAACAGAAUAAUAUACUACGACAACAGUAAGGAUUUCCUUGACCUACUAAACUUUCCAGAGUCUCCUGAUCACACAGUGGGCACGCCCUUACAUCCUGAACAAAUAUCGGAGGAGAAUAGCUUCACACAUCCUGGUCCAUUCCCACUCGCUGACAUGAGAUGUUUCCAGAAAGAUCUCCUCAAGCUCAUGAUGGAGGGAAUAAAAAUUGGACUGGGUAGUCAAGGACACAGCGGAGCACCACGACAGCAAUGGUGUCGCAUCCUCUGGUCCUGCAGGGAUACGUUCAGGAUUCAAAUCGGCCGGCUGCUGGUGCAUACACUCAGUCCUGUACUUCCUCUUGAGGACAGAAAGAAAGCACUAGAGUUUGUUCAUGAACAAAAUCAUCCUGACAUCCUCAGAGAAAGCCUUAGUCCUGGACUUGAGCAUGGACAGAAGCUGGCUCUCUACCUGUAUGAGAUGCUUCAUGACCACAAAGAGAGCCUCACUAAGGAAGAACAGGCAGCGGCUAACACCUUCAUGACAUCACUGAAGCUGUGUGGCCAUCGCUGCAUCCCCCCAACGGCUCCACCCAAACCAGACCUACUCAAAGCCAUCAGAGAGGAGCAACUCAAAUAUGAGUCAGAGGCAAGAACAAGUAAAGGUGCAUGGGAGAAAAAACUGGCCACUGCCCAAAAGAUUCUCAUGCAGAGAUUGGAUGGAAAGUCAAAGGACAUCUCCAAGAUUGCAGCAGACAUCACCCAGAACAUGUCUCUUAGACAAGGCAUAGAAAGGAAGAAGGUCAUUCAACACAUCCGAAGCCUUUACAAGAUUGACCUGAGUGCCAGCCGUCAUUGGCAAGAGCUGGUGCAGCAACUUACUCAUGAUCGAGCGGUGUGGUAUGACCGGUCAUCUUACCCAACAUCAUGGCAACUUGAUCCUACUGAGGGCCCCAACAGGGAGCGCAGACGCUUGCAGAGAUGCUAUCUCACCAUCCCUAAUAAAUACCUUCUCAAGGAUCGCUGCAAGCCUGAGGACCCUGUCAAGGCCCCGCUUGCUUUCCUCUUUGAAGAGAAGACCCACUCAUCAUAUUCUUCCACUGUGAAGGAUAAAGCCACAAGUGAGCCCAUCAGGUUCACACGGAAGUGUAUGAAUGUAGCACCUUCAAGAGAAACCGCAGGAGAAUUGUUGCUGGGGAAAUCAGGGAUGUAUUUUGUGGAGGACAAUGCAUCUGACACCAGCAAUAGACAGAUUCCUCAGGGAGAGACAGAGCCUGCAUCCUUCUGCUGGACAUAUGAGGAGAUUAAGGAGGUGCACAAACGCUGGUGGCAGCUCAGAGACAAUGCUGUGGAGAUUUUUCUUACUAAUGGUCGAACUCUGCUUCUGGCGUUUGACAAUACAAAGGCUCGUGAUGACGUCUACAACAACAUUCUUACUUCUGAGCUGCCCAACCUGCUUGAAUACGAUAAUAUAAAUGCCCUUACACACCUGUGGGGCUCAAACCAGAUCACAAAUUUCGAGUAUCUCACCCAUCUCAAUAAGCAUGCAGGCCGCUCUUUUAAUGACUUAAUGCAGUACCCUGUCUUCCCCUUCAUUCUGAGUGACUACACCAGUGAAAUGCUGGACCUGCAGGACCCAACCAUUUAUAGGAACCUGAGCAAACCUAUUGCAGUGCAGUCAAAAGAGAAAGAGGACAGAUAUGUGGACAACUACAGGUAUUUGGAGGAGGAAUAUAGGAAGGGUGCACGUGAAGAUGACCCCAUGCCCCCUGUACAGCCAUAUCACUAUGGUUCCCACUACUCCAACAGUGGUACUGUUCUGCACUUCCUAGUCCGGAUGCCUCCCUUUACCAAAAUGUUCCUGGCAUAUCAAGACCAGAGUUUUGAUAUUCCUGAUCGGACCUUUCACUCCAUGAAGACAACAUGGAGACUGUCCUCUUAUGAGUCCAUGACAGAUGUUAAGGAGCUGAUCCCAGAGUUUUUUUAUCUACCAGAAUUCUUGGUUAACAGAGAAGGUUUUGACUUUGGAGUUCGGCAGAAUGGUGAGAGAGUGAAUCAUGUGAAUCUCCCUCCAUGGGCCAGGAAUGACCCGCGGCUGUUCGUGCUGAUUCACAGACAGGCACUUGAGUCUGAGCAGGUGUCUCAGAUGCUCUGCCAGUGGAUAGACCUGGUAUUUGGACUGAAGCAGAAGGGCAAGGCUGCUAUCUAUGCCAUCAAUGUGUUUCACCCUGCGACAUAUUUUGGCAUGGACGUCUCAGCAGUGGAGGAUCCUGUACAGCGGCGAGCCUUAGAGACCAUGAUCAAGACCUAUGGCCAGACACCCAGACAGCUGUUCCACACCCAACAUAUCAGCCGUGCUGGACCCAAACUCAUAAUGGAGGGAGAGUUGCCUGCUGCCAUGGGCUUGCUGGUACAGCUGGCAUUCCGGGAGAGCCGUGAUCAAAGCAAAGAUAUUGUCCACCCCAGUCCUCUUCCAUGGAUUAAAGGCCUAAAAUGGGGUGAGUAUGUGGGCUCACCCAGUGCUCCUGACCCAGUGGUGUGUUUCAGCCAGCCACAUGGGGAGUGUUUUGGCUCUCUGCUGGCACUACCCACUCGAGCCAUUUGUGGUCUCUCCUGCAAGUUCUGUCUUAUGAUGAUCUACAGCAAGGAGCAGGGUGUGAGAAGUAUGCACAGUACAGAUAUCCAGUGGUCUGCCAUUCUCAGCUGGGGCUACAGUGACAACAUACUGAGGCUCAAGAGCAAGCAAAGUGAGCCGCCCAUCAAUUACAUCCAGUGCUCUCCACUCCAUCAGGUGACGAGUUGUGCCUGGGUGUCUGAUGGUUGUCAGCUGUUUACAGGCAGUAAAUGUGGAGUCAUUACGGCCUACAGCAACCGAUUUGUGGCAUCUGAAAUGGAAGUUGAGUCCCAGGUUCAAUUGUAUGGACACACCGAUGAGGUCACAGGUCUUUUUGUCUGCAAACCAUACAGCAUCCUGAUCAGUGUCAGCCGAGACGGAUCCUGCAUCAUCUGGGAUCUUAAUCGCCUGUGCUAUGUGCAGAGUCUCAGUGGUCACAAAAGCCCUGUGAAUGCCGUGUCAGCAAGCGAGACCACAGGAGACAUUGCUACUGUCUGUGACUCAGUUGGAGGAGGAAGUGACUUGCGGCUGUGGACAGUAAACGGUGAUCUGAUUGGUCAUGUUCACUGCCGAGAGAUCAUCUGCUCUGUUGCAUUCUCCAAUCAGCCGGAGGGGGUUUCAGUUAAUGUGAUUGCAGGAGGCCUACAUAAUGGAGUGGUGAGGCUGUGGAGCACAUGGGACCUGAAGCCAGUGAGAGAAAUAACCUUUCCCAAGUCCAACAAGCCUAUUGUAAGUCUUACUUUCUCGUGUGAUGGACACAACCUGUACACUACGAACAGUGAGGGCACAGUGAUUGCUUGGUGUCGACGGGAUCAGCAGCGCAUGAAGCUGCCCAUGUUCUACUCAUUCUUGAGCUCCUAUGCUGCAGGCUGAAAAACUACACUCCUUAAUGGGUCUACAACCUUCUAAAACCUCUGGAAACCCUACUGCCUUAGAAUAAGAAGAGGCCUGCAUGCACUAGACUUCAAGACCUAUCCCUCAAGGCAUGAGAAUCCCCUUCUGAAGAGGGCACGUGUGCUAAAAGUAAUGCACUGGAAGAAGAGUGUUAUGUAUUUAUUGAAGAAAGGAAAAUAUGUGCUUGUGGAAAAUAAAGAAGGCCUUGAACCACUGGUUCUUUCCUCCUGCUCCUCA